AUGCGCCAGCCAGAUGUCGUUCCGGGUUCCAUGAUCAAUGCAACUGGCCAUGGGGAAUCGUUGCAGAUUGCCCAGGUAUCUGAUUCAGCUGGAUUUAGCCCGAACGUGGGCCCUCAAAAUACAGACGCACCUGAGCCGCAGGAGGGAGAAAUUGAAAACUUCGAUGCUGAUCGGCAUGACUUGUGUGCAAUUAAUGCUACCGAGGUAGAAGCUGCAAGUUUGGAAACGAAAGAAAAUGGAACACAAGGAAGUAGUAAUUUUAGUCUGAAACGAGAUUCUUUGCAGUCACAAGUGUCCUCCGAGUAUGCACUCGACCUCUUCAUUACGGAUCCCAAUUCAUACUCUCGAGAAAUCACCGUUCUCGAACAUAGGAUCCUCCAGCUUGGACCAGAUGCCUUCAAGGAAAUCAAAGAAGAUGACGAGACUAGGCGAUACGUAUUGCCGUUGCGACAUUUGGAUGCUGGCUUGGACCCCCUUACGCCCUUUAGCCCAACUUCUGAUCAACAGCUUAGAAUAAACGGAUACAUCCAGCUCCAGGUUUCCAUGAGCAUAGAGACGUUAUCUUCAAUAAUAGCAGGAACGCGAUUGUUAAAACAUGAAGGAUUUUGCAACAGCUCCACGUAUAAUAUUAUCGUGGCAGAUAUUGACCGCCCGAAAGUCCUCAAUGUUCGACCGGUUAGUAUGCCAAGCUUAUCUCUAUUGCUCGAACUUCUCCGUGAGGUGCAAGAAUUCAUUCGGCAAGAAGACAAUCAGCGACUGGACUCGGCUUUAGACGAUAUAGCAGAAAUAUUAUUGCACAUUGUUGUGAGUCUUGGCCUGGGUAUCCCUCAAACCGUUUUAGGUGUGGAUAAGUACAAUCUAGAACGACAGCAAGAUAUCUGCCAUUUGUUGAGCUCCAUUCUAAGCCUUUUGCAUGUCGCAUUGCUAUCAUUUGUCAGGUCGCAUCUUGAUAAUUCUGGGCACACGCCGAGCGGGUCAUUGAGUGAUGGAUUGCACAUCGAGUGUCCUGGAGGUACAUUAUUUUUGACAUCCCGGCGAUUGAAGUGCCUAAAUGGCCUCCUAAAGCAGCCAGUUUGGGCCAUCAGUUUUAUUCCCACGAAUUCAACGUUAUCAAAAGUUGAAUGCGAUGGAUUUUAUCUUUCUUCAUCUAUAGAUCAUCUUGCGGAGUUAUGGGGUCCCCUGAGACUUAAUAGUACCGGGGAGUCGACUGCCUCGUCGAUUGAGACUCAUGGCGGUAGACUUCUAAGUGCCGAAGAUCACACAUCUUUAGUCCAACCACUGGAAUCAGAGGUACUCUGUCAUUGGUCUAGUUGGAUGGAGACGAACUCACUCGAAAACACAACUCCCAUCGACACAGCCAAGCUCCUCUUGAUUGGCGUAAGAACUAUACCACAAGCUGCUAGGAAACUUCAGAGAUUACCGAGAUUCAAUACCAUUGAUAUGUGUGACUGUUCUGACAAAUAUAUCUCUCAGCCUCGGCACCGCGAAUUCGAGCUCGGUACCCGCCCUCCCAAAUGGAAAAUGAAUGAAAGAACCGCACAGGCCUCUGGUGGUCAAUAUGUGACAAUCACCUUGGGAUUCACAUACAAGUUUGAUGCAGGCUGGACUUUGAAAGACGUGAUACUCGAAGACUGGGUCAACGCUGGCAAAACGGAUGCAUCACACAUACCUAAUCGAUAUUUAAAAUUCAAUGAUGGAGUAGAGGAGUUUAGGGAUAUUACGAGCUUGCUUGAUAGAUUGGGUUCCAUUGAUUCGUUAUCCUCAAUUUGGACAACGAUACCGGUCACCCAGAGGAAACUUCUGAUAUUCAGCUUCAAAACGAUAUUGAAGAUACUAAAAUUCACGGGGAUUGGAGAGGACAAAAAGUUACAAGCAUGGGAUAUUACUUCUCAUGAUCGUAUUGAUGGCAGGAGACUUGUUCCUCGGUGGUCAUCUUUUGUCAAGGAUGAUAGCAACUCUGCUAGGUUUGCCGUCAUCACAAGGAAUUGCAUAAGAUACAGUCAAAGCAAUGAUCAAGCCCUGACAGAUACCGUUCUUCAAACUCAACUAUGCAUCACAGCAGCACAGAGAAUAAAUAGGAGUCUCGCGGCUCCCGAAAAAGAUGCAGAAAUGCAAGGUACCCAGUCAAACUCGUCGGCUACGUUCUCAUCCAGAUGGGCCGUUAACCGGUCUCGACCGAUAGAUGUUAAAUGUCGUCAAUCGGCAGAUAGAUAUCAAACCAUGAAUACUGACUCCGGGCAACCACCUCCUGUGAACCAAUCUGAUGCAGAAAAUAAAUUGCUAGAUCGUAUAAGAGAUAACCAGAGGAAAAGACAGAUAGUUUCUAAUGCGGCAUCACAACCAUCUUGCACUGGAGACGAUCCAUCCAUAUUAGCUUCCCAACAUCCAUCCAACAAUCCAUCUCCAUCCCGGAAACGUCCAAAGACUGGAACCUGCGAUAUGCCACCAUGA